AUGUCGAAAAAAUAUAUGGCCAAGGAUGCAGUUCGCUCAAUAAAAAAUUAUACAAAAGGAUAUUCGGAAACACAAUCGAAAGUACGAAAAGCCACUUCAAAUAAUCCAUGGGGACCUAGUGGUAGCGCAAUGUAUGAAAUUGCCCAAGCUACCUAUAAUCCGUUAAAUGACCAUGGUAAAAAUUGGAGGCAUGUAUUUAAAGCUCUUACGCUUUUACAUUAUUGUCUUAAUGAGGGUUCUCCUGAGGUCGUUACAUAUGCAAAGGAAAAUAUAUACAUAGUAAAAACAUUACAAGAGUUUCAAUAUAUUGAUGAACACUCAAAAGAUCAAGGACUUGUCGUUCGACAAAAAGCAAAAGAGAUUACUAAUUUAUUACAAGAUGAAGACCGUUUAAAUUCCGAAAGGCGUCAACGAACUGAUAUGAGAAAUCGAAUGACAGGAGGUCGUAAUGAAGUAUAUGGAGGGUCUAUUGAUCGAAGUUUAUCUAGCACUCCCACAUAUGAGAAUUCUAGUUAUUAUGAUGACGAAGAAGCGGAAAUGAGAAGAGCCAUGGAAGAAAGUUUGAAGACCGCUGAAAGUGAAAGGAAAGAUAGUAACGAAGAUGAUGCAGAAUUUCAGAAGGCAUUAAAGUUGAGUAAGGAAGAAGAGGAAAGAAGGCAAGCUGAAUUAGCAAGACAAACUGAAAUUUCAUUAUUUGAUCAGGGGUUACAAUCACAACAAAAUAACUUUACAACGCCUUCGUUUUCAUCGGGUCAUUUAUCAACAUUUGGAAAUAAUUACAUAUCUAAUUUAAGUUCACCAGAUUUAUCUUCACCCGGACCACAUGAUGAAAAACAUGCAAAAUUGGCUAGUCUUAUUGGUAACCGGGGAGAUGGUAUGGAUACCUUUGGUAAUAUAGGCAAUCUUCGUGUUCCAACUGGAACUGGUUUUGCAAAUAGUGGUAACUUAGCUAAUCAGUCUUCUCAGUCUCUGCGACGAUCAAAUUCAGCGGGUAAUCUUUCUGGCAUAACAAAUAAUGCCAAUCCUUUUCUUGCUGACACAAGUUCUGCAAAUAAUGCUGGCAGUGGAGCUUAUAACACUUUUCCUAGUUCUUUUACCAAUCAAUCAACUACAACUAAAGAUGAUUUAUUUAGUACAUUUGGUACAACUAAUUCACUCAGAGGUUUUGUUAGUAGUCAACCAAGCAAAAAUCCAUUUCAGACAUUAAAUGAUACAAGCAUUUUAAAUCCCAAUAAACCAAAGACUCUUAAUGAUCUACGAGAAAGUCAAUUUAAUCAACAAUCUCAACAACAAACAUUAAAUGCAUACAGAGUACCAAAUCAACCAGGAUUUUGGUCAUGA